AUGUCUACAAGAUAAACAAGAGGCUAAAAAAAAGCCGAAGAAGACAAAAAGAAUGGAGUUGAUUCUAAACCCAAACAAACUAAAGACGAUAGUGAAUCUGAAGAAGAUGAGCCUAAGGCCAAAAGAGCUCCAAGAGGAGCUGCUGCAAAAAAGGCAGCUGAAAAAAAGAAAGAAAAAGAAGAGCAGUAAUAAAAAAACAACAAAAAGGAUGAUGAUGAAGAUGAAAAAGACAAAGAUACCAAGACAAAAAAAGCAUCAAAGGCAGCAAAAAGUGUUGAUACUAAAGAUGAUAAAAAGCCUGAUGACAAGAAAGAUACUAAAGCAGAUGAUCCUGAUACUUCUAAAAAAUAAAAUACAGGCGAUGAUGCUGCUGAUACUAGUAAUAUCAAAAAAGAAAUAAUUGAAGGAGCAGCUCCAGUUGAUGAACACUGUCCUAGAAAAGAUGUUGAAGUUUAUUAUACCAAGAAUAAAAUAUACUCAGCUAAACUUAAUUAGGCUAACAUGAGCAACAACAAUAACAAAUUUUAUAUUAUUUAAGUGCUCAAAGUGAAAGGAAAAGAUUAAUAUUAUCACUAUAACCGUUGGGGUAGAGUAGGUGUUCCUGGGUAAAAUUCUUGUAGGGGUCCCUUUACAGCUGAAUAAGCUUGUUAAGAAUACGAAAAUAAGCUAAAAGAUAAAACUAAAAAAGGAGAAUAUCGUGUCCUUGAUAUGGAUUACGGUUAAGAUGCCACUUUAGAUGAAUUAGAUGAUGUUAUGAAAAAAGAUGCUGAAACUUGUAAACUACCCAAAGAAGUUAUUAGCCUUAUUUCUUUAAUUUUUGAUAUGAAAAUGAUCAAUAACUAAAUGAAAGAAAUUGGUUAUGAUGUUAAGAAAAUGCCUCUUGGUAAGCUCUCUAAAGAAAAUAUUAAUAAAGCUUAUGGUAUGCUUAAAUAACUUUAUGAAGAAGUAGAAAAACCCAAAAAGAACAAAGAUAAAAUUGAAGAAUUAUGUAAUGAGUUUUAUUCAUACAUUCCACAUGAUUUUGGCUUUAAAAAAAUGGCUUCAUUUAUACUUGAUGAUGCUAAAAAAGUAAAAGAAAAAUUAGAAAUGAUUGAAUCAAUUUAGAAUAUCUAAAUUGCAACUAAGUUAAUUGAAGAUAAAAAGCAAGGAAAAGAUGGCUAGUAAAUUAAUUAAAUUCAAUCUAAUUAUGAAAAGCUCAAAUGCAAAAUUGAACCUGUUAAAGAUUAAAAAGUUCGUAAAAUUAUUGAAGACUAUCUCAAGAAUACUCAUGCAUCUACUCACAACUAAUAUGGCUUAACAAUUGAUGAGAUUUUUGAAGUAGAAAGAGAAGGCGAAAAUGAUCGCUACUUGAAGGAUAUCAAAAAUAAAAUGCUUCUUUGGCAUGGUUCUCGUCUUACAAAUUUUGUUGGUAUAUUGUCUUAAGGUCUACGUAUUGCUCCUCCAGAAGCUCCUGUUACUGGUUAUAUGUUUGGUAAAGGUGUCUAUUUUGCUGAUAUGUGUAGUAAAUCUGCCAAUUAUUGUUUCACAAAUAAAGCAAAUAAUACAGGUUUAAUGCUACUCUGUGAAGUCGCUUUAGGUGAGAUGAAUGAUAAGUACUAUGCAGAUUACUAUGCCUCUAACUUACCUGCUGGUAAGCACAGUACUAGAGGUAGAGGUAAAACAGCCCCUCCUGAGAGCUCGUAUGUUACUAUUUAUGAUGACGUAUAAGUUCCUGUUGGUAAGGGCGAACCUUAAGUUUUUCCUAAUGGUUAAUAUGGUUCAUUGCUAUACAAUGAAUUUAUUGUUUAUGAUAUCAGAUAAAUCAAGGUAAAAUAUCUGUUAAGAUUAACAUUCAAUUAUAAAUAUUGA